ACACGACUUAUAUAUUGCGUACGUGCUUUCCCCGCCAUGGCCGUAGCGUUCCCGCCGGACAUCAUGGCGCUGAGCAAGGUGCAGCGGCUGUACGACGCGUGCGACGUGGUGUUCUCGUCGCCGGGGGAGGCGACGCCCUCUCUCGGGGAGAUCGAAUGGCUGCGACAACUCCUUGAUGGCAUGGAGGCAGCGGACGUCGGGAUCGACGACGGGGAGAAGCAGUCGUCGUCGGCGGCGGCGGACGACGAGCUAAUUAGCCCGAAGAGCGGCCGACUGCUGCCGGCGCUGGCGUUCACGCGGAUCACCUACGUGCACAUACACCAGUGCGACGAUUUCUCGAUCGGCGUGUUCUGCUUUCCGGCGGGCGCGACGCUUCCGCUGCACGACCACCCGGAGAUGGUGGUUCUGAGCAAGCUCCUGUACGGCUCGGUGCGUGUGCGGUCGUACGACUGGGUCACCGCGCCGCCGUGCUCCGGCGCAGGAUUUCGUGGUUUGGCCAGGGUGGUCGCCGCCGACGAGGUGUGGCGCGCGCCGUGCGAGGCGUCUGUGCUGUUCCCGCGGAGCGGCGGCAACCUGCACGCGUUCACCGCCGUCACGCCGUGCGCGAUCCUCGACGUGCUGACCCCGCCGUACUCCGAGGAACAAGGCCGGCCGUCGACCUACUUCAACGACGUUCCCAUCCCAUCUCUCCCAGGGUUUGCUAUCUUGGAGGAGACGGAUCUGCCCGAGGAUUUCAGCGUGGCAGGGGCGCCGUAUCUUGGCCCUGAACUGACGGUCGAUAUGGAUGACGAUGACGGCUACUACGAUUAUGACGAGUAGCGCGCUCACUCCUUUUUAAAAGAGCUAUAUAAAGAUGGUAUUAGGUAGUUGCGGGCACAAGUUCUGUAUACAAAAAUGUAAAGCCUUUCCCCCCUGUGUAUACUAGGGUGUUUCAGAGUUCAUAGUCUUACACAGAAGUUUCACAUACUGACAACCUUAUAAAUCAGCUUGGCAAGUGCCCUAAAAAAAUCAGGCUGGCAAGUUGAACAAAAUCACAAAAACUGACUGAGCUAACUGAGCAUCGGAGUGUGCAGAGUAAUGUUAUGUACAGAUUUACGCAUUUUCUUUCAUUUUAUUUAGCACAUGAUA